UCCCGGAACUGUGUACAACUUGUGAAGUUUGAUCCUUCGAUCGAGCGAACUGUAGUCAUUGUCUAAUAUACAGCAUUUUGGUGUAAAUCUUGGCUCCUUCUCACCCAUGGGGAGUUGCAUGGGCAAGGAGUCCCCUGUGGACAAAAAAAGUGAUACAAACGACGAGCAAAAUGUGGACAAAUCUGCAGCAAGUUUAAAGGAAAUCGAUGUGAAUUCCGGACCUGUUCAACAACAUAGUGAUCGAUAUGUACCGGAGCCCCCACCGAGCUCACCGCCUCCCGAACCCACUCCAACUUCUGUGAAACCUCUCUACAUCGCUCUCUAUGACUACGAUGCACGAACAGAGGACGACUUGAGCUUUGCAAAGGGUGAGAUUCUUGAGGUAGACCCCGACGAUUUGUAUAACGACUGGUGGAGGGCUAAAUCUCGUAACACUGGCAAAUCGGGUUUCAUUCCCAGCAACUAUGUAGCUGCUUACGAAACUUUGGAAGCCGAAGAUUGGUAUUUUGGCGAAAUAAAGCGACCAGAGGCAGACAAGUUAUUGAAGACACCUAUCAAUGAGCAUGGAGCAUUUUUGAUCCGAGAAAGUGAUAAAGGUGGUUAUGCUUUGUCUGUGAAAGAUGGUGACAUGGUCAAGCAUUACAAGAUCCGCAAAAGAGAAUCUGGCAGCUUCUUCAUUGCCCACAAUAAUCCAUUUAGCACUCUGUCAGAUCUGGUUCAGCAUUAUACUCAAAAUGCAGAUGGACUCUGUGAUAUCCUCAAGAAGCCAUGUGUCAAAGUUGAGAAACCACAGACUGUUGGCUUGUCGCAUGACACUGCAGACAUAUGGGAAAUAUCACGUGACUCAAUCAGACUUACCACACGUCUUGGAUCUGGCAACUUUGGUGAGGUGUGGCAAGGGUUAUGGAAUGACACCACUCCUAUUGCUGUCAAGACAUUGAAGCCUGGCACAAUGAAUCCCAAGGCAUUCCUUGAAGAAGCUGAACUCAUGAAGAGACUGAUCCAUGACAAACUGGUUCAGCUUUAUGCAGUGUGCUCUAAAGAAGAACCAAUUUACAUUGUGACUGAGCUGAUGCCAAAAGGAAGUCUACUUGAUUAUCUGCGCAGCGAAGAGGGACGAAAGAAGAAGAUGGAAGAGCUGAUUGACAUGUCUUCCCAAAUUGCUGCUGGCAUGGCUUAUCUCGAGAAGCAUAACUAUGUCCAUAGAGAUUUGGCAGCGAGGAACAUUCUGGUUGGUAACAAUAACACUGUUAAGGUGGCAGAUUUCGGUCUGUCACGGGCCAUUGAUGAAGACAUCUAUGAAGCCCAUGAAGGAGCAAAAUUCCCCAUUAAAUGGACUGCGCCAGAGGCAUGCCUUAAGAACCAGUUUUCCAUCAAGUCAGAUGUGUGGUCAUUUGGUAUUCUACUGACAGAACUGGUAACUUAUGGAAGAGUUCCCUAUGCAGGGAUGAAUAACAGACAGGUUGUUGAAGAAGUAGACCGUGGUUACAGAAUGCCCAAACCAAACCUUUGCCCAGACAAGCUCUAUGAUAUCAUGAUGGCCUGCUGGAAAAAGGAAUAUGUAGAACGACCCACAUUUGAAACUCUGCAAUGGCAGCUGGAAGAUUUCUAUCAGACAGAUUCGAAGCAGUACAAGGAGUUGGCAAAAUAAUGGUUUUCCAUGACAAUGUUAUCCAAUCCCUUGCAAAAAAUACUAUACAAAAUCAUCUGUUAAAAUUUUUUUCAAGAACGGAUGUGAAAUGUGUAGGAAAGGAAGUAGUUUUCCAUUUAAGUAUCACUAUUAUGUUACUUUUUUUGCAUUAUUGUCAAUGUGCUGUAAACAACUGGCUAGUUUUAUCUGUUAACUUAAUCAGAUUGCAAAUUUUACUUGCAUCUACAAAACAUAAUUAGGAUAACUUGUUCGCACAAAAUCAGGAAUAUAAUGCCAAACAACAACAGUUGCUUUCUUCCUAAUCAAAUUAACCCUUAAGAUAUGUUUCCAGAAAAGUUGACCACCUUUUUAAGUAACCAAGGACAGAAUCUGAAAUUAAAGUACAUUUGAAUUUCUUGAGCAGUGAUUUGUGGAAAAAUAUUAUAUAUUUUCUUUUUUAUUAUUUUUAGAAGUUUCGAAGUUAGAAUAAGUCACCAGCAGAUAAAGAAAAACAAUUUUUUUAUAAAAAUUUUGGAAGCCUUGGGAUAUGAACACUUUGGCUGUCAAGAAAUCAACUUUUUCUACUAUGUACAUGUAAUGGGAAACUAUGGCAAAUAAAUGACAACAUGAAAUGCUUUUAAUUGGUGAUAAGGUAUUUGCUUAAAUACAGGUACAGAUUGAACUUACAAUGAUAACAAAGUGACUCUAGGUGUUUUGUGGAUAUAUAUAUAGAGCAGCAACACUGUACAACCAAUUCCAAAUUAUUGCAAGAUUGCCAAAUGGUUUCUUACAUUGAUAUAAAGGCCAACAUUAUGGGAAUUGCAUGAGAUCUCCACCUUAAUAUUACAACACAGUUUAACCAUGAAAGACUGGUUACACUGUAAAUCACUAUUGCAACUCUUAAUGAGGCUUCCAUUUGUUAACUUAGUGGGGAAAUGUUGGUAAUUGUUGUAUGUCUUGGUUGCGAGAUAUCAAAGUUGUAUAUUAACAGUAAGUUUAGCCGAGUUUCAAAUUUGACUUCACUUUAUAAUUGUGUAUUUCAUUUCAUGAAAACAAUCAUAUCACAAGUCACUGGGGCAGCCAUUACCACUGAUACCAAAUUAAGUAAUUACAAACAUACAGACAAUUGAUUGUAUAAUUGUUCUCUGACUGUCCAAGUUUUUCUUGUCAGUUUGUUUUUUUAAUUACAGUUGACAGACAAAUGUUGAAACUUAUUGAGUCUUAACAUUGUUAGUUGCAUGAACUGAAUAUUCACAUUUGAUAUUAUUCAACCGAGCAUUUAGGAUUUCAUUGUGGGGAGAAGAAAAUGUAAAAACUGACCCACUAAGAUUACAAGAAGAGUAAAAUUAAUACAGCUUGUAGGAGCAAAUGAGCAACUUGACUUGCUGUCUCAAUAUGUGCAAAGUUGCAAGAGAUUUAUUUUACUGUUCAUACUACAAAUUUUAAGCAAGGCAUUUUGUCUUGCAUUAAAUUUCCUCACCUUAUCCAGUUUAAUACAUAAAUUAAAACUAGUUGAGUCAAUACAAAGGUAGAGAAAAUUGUCUUCAAUGUUUUGCAUUUAUGCUGAUUGCUCAUGUUUUGAUCCUGAAGUCAACCAUGUCUUGGGUUCUUUGGUGAGAGUAAGAGUAAGAGCCCAAUUACAAUUGGUAUCAGUAGAAGUUUGUACAUGCUCUCUUCAACUAUCACCAGUCAAACUUGACUUGGCACAAUGCUGUCAGUAUCAGAAUUAUAUGGGAAGGGACCUUGUAUGUAAUUAUAUCUUUUCAUAUUUACUCAGUUUUUUUAUGUUAUAAGUCAAUCAUAAGUUUGCAGAGAAAUCUAUAAGAUUUAAUAAGUAAAGUAUAAAUAAUU